AAUGGAAACUUUUGAAAAAGCAAAGGAGGAAGCAGAAAAAUUUUCUGAUAGAGUUCAGAAAGAAGUUAGAGACAGACUUACUACACAAGACCCGUAUAAUCGAGUUAUUCAACAAUUGAGAACAGCACAUUUAGUUGCUUUGACUUUUGCGGUUUUAACUUUAUAUCUUUCUUGGAGAGAAGUUAGCUUCAUUUUUGUUUUAAUUCCUUUAUUGUUUGGCAGUGGGGCACUUGGUAUUGUUGGCUUUCGUUGGUAUAAACAGGCAGAUGGACGUUCUGACUUUAAUUCAUUAUUUGGAAAUAACAAGCCAGCGAUUAAAGCAACAUCUGGAAUUUUUCUCUUUGGUGGUUUUCUAUUUUCUUUACUUACACAAUGGACUGCGCCUGAUUUGGAAUCUUCAAUGAUUGGAUUACUUUUUGGGUUAUCGAGUCACGCUUCUGUUUUAAUUGGAGCUGUUUGUACAGCCAUUGAAGUAUAUGAAGGAAUUAAAUUAAAAAAUCGUUAA